CUUUGCUCAUUCCGAUUGUCCCACAGACUAGCAUACAUUUUCUUUUUCUCUCAACUUAUAUACAAAGUGGAAGAAAACCUUUAGUAUUGUGAACGGCCAUGAAGUAUAAGAACCUUGGUUCAUCCAACUUGAACGUAUCAGAAGUAUGUCUAGGAACGAUGACUUUUGGUGAGCAAAAUAAUGAAGAGGAAUCCUUUGGUAUUAUGGACUUUGCAGUUAGCAAAGGCAUCAACUUUUUUGACACUGCUGAAGCAUAUCCUUCUCCUGUUCGUCCAGAAACUGGUGGUAGAACAGAAGAGAUCAUCGGUUCCUGGUUAGUAAACAAACCAAGAGACAAGAUUAUAUUGGCUACUAAAGUAGUUGGUUAUCAACCCAAUUCUCACAUUCCUGGCUAUCGCAAGGUUCCCCAAAAAUACCGAACGUCAACUUGCAAGACUGGAUAGAGCCAAUAUUGAAGAAGCUAUAGAAGCAAGUCUUCGUAGACUACGAACUGAUUAUGUGGACUUGUAUCAGUUUCAUUGGCCGGAUAGAUAUGUUCCUU